UAUUCAAAUUUCCUGCCUUCGCUCAAGUCCAAUCCGGUUCCGUCCGGUUUGAACACAUUUUUUCUUCUUUCUUCUUCUAUUCAUCGGAAAAAUGUUUCAGUGACCUGAAACAGAGUGAACAGGGUGGGUAUAACAGAAUGAAGAAAUUCAGUAGAGUGUCGCCAUUUUCUCUCUCCUCUGCCCUAAUUCGAACCCUAACCGCUUCUUCUUCUUCCUCAACAACAAAUUUCUCAUUGAAAAAUGUAACAAAAUCGAACUUCGAAGAAACCCUAAUCGACCUCACAAACCAUGUCAAAGCGGCCGAUUUUGUUGCCAUUGAUUUGGAAAUGACCGGAGUUACGAGCUCUCCUUGGCGCGAGUCGUUCGAGCUCGAUCGGUACGAUAUUCGGUACCUCAAAGUUAAGGAUUCCGCCGAGAAAUUCGCCGUCGUUCAGUUUGGUGUUUGCCCAUUUCGCUGGGACUCCUUCAAGAAUUCUUUCGUAGCUCAUCCGCAUAAUUUUUACAUAUUUCCACGCCAAGAGCUUCCCACUGAUGGGCCGCCAUAUGAAUUUUUGUGCCAGACAAGUUCAAUUGAGUUCUUGGCAAAAUAUCAGUUUGACUUCAAUGAAUGCAUACAUGAAGGAGUGUCUUAUUUAUCCAGAGGACAGGAGGACGAGGCUUUGAGUCGCUUGAAUUCAGUAUAUAACGGGAAAUGGAAAAAUACUAAUGAAGUUAGAGAUGUGCCUUUGACCAAUGUAGCGGAUAUUCUAUUCUCGGAACGGAUGAAAAACCGACUUAGUGAUUGGCAUGAUAUGUUGCUACUGAACAGAAGUGCUGCACUUCCAAGUGAUGUGAAAUCUAAACAACAAUUUGAAACCAUAUUUUUUAGUAUGCAUCCUGCUCUUAGAUUGAACGGGUUCACUGUUCAUCAGCUGAAAUUGAUUGAAUUGGUCACAAGGAAGCACUUUAAGGAUCUUGUUUUCGUUCGUGCUUAUGAUGAAAGUUCCUUCUUGCAGAAGCUUGUUGUUUAUGUAGAGUCCGACAACGACAAGAUUAACCUUAUGGAGAUGAUAAAGAACGAGUCUUACCAGCAAGCAAGACGAAAAAUAAAAGCAGCUGCAGGAGUUCGGCAUGUCAUUGACCUCCUCUCUGCUGAAAAUAAGCUAAUUGUAGGUCACAAUUGUUUCUUAGAUAUGGCUCACAUGUACCAUAAAUUCAUUGGUCCUCUCCCAUCAACUAUUGAAGAGUUUGUGUUGAACAUCAGCAAGCCUUUUCCACAAAUUGUCGACACGAAAAUACUGUUGAAUGCAGAUUUGAGCCUCCAAAGACGUAUGAAAAAAGCCAGCACAUCGUUGGCCUCAGCGUUUUCUCUGUUAUGUCCUGAGAUAGCCUCUGGAAAAUCCUCUGAUGUUGCUGGACAACCAUCUGUUAAAGUAGAGGUCCAAGUGGAUGACAUGAGGUCCUCAAACUGGAACUCAGGGGCUAAGCAUGAAGCUGGGUAUGAUGCAUUUAUGACUGGGUGUGUGUUUGCACAAGCGUGCAGUCAUCUGGGUAUUGAUUUCUCUUAUGAGAAGGUAGUAAAUAGUGAGAAUCUUCAAAAGUAUGCCAACCUGCUUUAUGUUAGUUGGAAUAUGGGAGACGUGAUCAAUGUUAGCAGUGGUGAUGUGAAAGAAAUUCCUGUAAUGAAUUCUGUUAAAAGGAGGUUUCUCAACAUUUCACAUCCUAACAUUGUUUUGAUCUGGGGAUUUCCCUCAAAGCUCAAGGCAUCCGAGAUAAGAAAAUGCAUCAGUAAUGUGUUUGGUAUAUACUCGAUUGCUGGCAUCUAUGAGUUGGAUGAAACUGCAGUAUUUGUUCAGUUUACUAAUGCAGAUUUGGCUGCUAAAUUCCUCGCCUUAAAGGAAAAAGUAGAAACAAGUGAUGAUUCUAUCUCUGUCCUUCAUCCUUUAUCAAAGUUAUUGGAAGGUGGGAAAACCUGUGCUGCUGGUUAUGAAAUUUACAAGGAUAUCUGCAGCUCCCCAAUUUCGAAGGUCUUGUUUGCAGAUCAGGCUGAGGCGAUUGGAAUUAAAUGGAAGACCAAAUUAAUUGAACCUGAAGAAUUGACCGAUAAAACUGCAAUUCCAAGCCCAUCACCUGGGAGUUGCAGAGCAACCAAGUCAAAUCAGAGUGUUUUUGACAAGAUAUUGUACACUCCUGAUUAUGAAUCCAACAAAGUAACUAACUUGUGUAAUUCAUAGCCUAUUUAGUUCAACAAUUGGAAUCUUAGCACAUUCAUUAGAUUUCUCAAAUUAAUACCCUGUAUUAUUUCAUAGCAACAGCUUGUAGGAGAUCUCUGAUAUAAUAUAGAAGAAAUUUAUGAUCAGUUCCUAUUUUCUUUA